CUAAUAAGAGACGAGAUGGGCCAGGGCGAUGAAAGUGAUCGUAUUGUGAUCAAUGUGGGAGGGACUAGGCACCAGACUUACCGCAGCACCUUACGCACCUUGCCUGGCACCCGGCUGGCCUGGAUCGCUGAGCCAGAUGCCCACAGUCACUUUGACUAUGACCCCCGUGCAGAUGAAUUCUUCUUCGAUCGGCACCCAGGUGUCUUUGCCCACAUCCUGAACUAUUACCGAACAGGUAAGCUGCAUUGCCCAGCAGAUGUGUGUGGACCUCUGUAUGAGGAGGAGCUAGCCUUCUGGGGCAUUGAUGAAACAGAUGUGGAGCCUUGUUGCUGGAUGACCUAUAGGCAGCAUCGUGAUGCUGAAGAGGCCCUGGACAGUUUUGGUGGAGCACCCCUGGAUAACAGUGCUGAUGAUGGAGAUGCAGAUGGCACAGGAGACUCAGGUGAUGGUGAAGAGGAGCUGGAGAUGACCAAACGCCUGGCCCUGAGUGAUUCCCCAGAUGGAAGGCCUGGGGGCUUUUGGAAGAGGUGGCAGCCUCGGAUUUGGGCACUCUUUGAGGACCCCUAUUCCUCCAGAUAUGCAAGGGGCAAGAUGACUAUUCUACCUUCUGCUCACCAACAGUUGCAAGCAACAGAAAAGAAAUUUUAUACUCAGCUUAUCACUGGGAUUGUGAUCGUGUUAGGCAAAGUUUACAUGCGUUUUAAUCAUGAUUAUAUAUUUAGCUGUAACCAAUUUCCAAAUGAUACCCAUAUAAUCGUUCGGAUGAAAUUCAAAUCUACAAAGUCUCGAGAGCUCAAUAUGUUCUGA